AUGAGCACGGCCAGCGAAGUGUUUGCGACGAUGGACGCUGCUGUGCGUGAAGCAGGGGCGUCGCUAGUGGACAAAGUCAAGGGAACGAUUAAGUUUGACGUGACGGGCGCGGGACAGUGGCUGAUUCAAGUUAAGACAACUCCGUCUGGAGUGUCCAAGGCGACUGCGGACGAUAAGGCCGAUGUGACGAUCACCAUCUCGGAGUCCAACUUUUUGCUUCUCAUUGCGGAGAAACUUAACCCACAAGCUGCAUUCAUGCAGGGCAAGAUCAAACUUAAGGGAAACAUGGGACUCGCGUCCAAGUUGGCUGCAGUGAUUGCCGCGUACAAGCAAAAGGCAGCGUCGUCCGGAUCGGCUCCAGCGGCCGCAGCAUCUGUCCCCGCGACCCCAACUAGCAGCGCUCAACCGAAAUUGCGAUCGGCUUUGCUUUUCGCGUCCAUUGGUGAAGCCAUCAAGACGAAGGGCCCGGAACUGGUGUCUAAGGUUAAAGGCACGAUUCAGUUCGUCAUCACUCCUGGGGGCGCGUGGCAUGUUGACCUCAAGAACGGCACAGGCUCGAUCGAAGCCACUUCGAAACCUGCGGAUAUCACGAUCACGACCGCUGACGACGACUUCAUGGCGAUUGCCGAAGGCAAAUUGAACGCCCAACAAGCGUUCAUGAAAGGCAAACUCAAGGUGAAAGGCAACAUGGGCCUUGCGAUGAAGCUGCCUGUCGUGAUCGAAGCGGCCAAGGCCCCGCGAUCGAAGUUGUAG